AUGGUUUCCAUCAAGUCACAAGUCGUCGCAGCUCCAAUUAUGGAAAAGGCAAACGUAGUCACCGGACAUGAGCCAAGUACCGUGGCCACACACGUUGACAGCCACACUCGUGUCGCCCUGCCACCUCUGGAGUACCGCAAGUUGAUGUGGAAACUUGACGUCCACCUCCUGCCACCCUUAUUCGUACUGUGGUUCGUAUCCCUGAUUGACCGCCUCAACAUUGGGUCAGCCAAGAUCUUUGGCAUCGAGGAGGACCUGCAUAUGGACCCCCGAGGUACCGACUUCAAUGUUGCCCUUAUCACCACCAUGGUCGGUCUUAUCUUGUUCGAUGUACCCAGCAACUACCUCUUGAAGAAGAUGAGUCCUUCCUUGGUCCUGACCGCGGAGAACCUGCUGCUUGGCCUGGUAACCAGCUUUACCGGAUUGGCAAGCCUCCGAUUUUUCGUCGGCGCGUUGGAAGCAGGCCUAAUCCCCGGGAGCGUGUAUCUGCUUGCCCAGUACUAUCCUCGCUACGAGUUACAGUGGAGGGUGAGUAUGCUCAUGGUCAGCAACGCCUUGAGCACGGCAUUCGGGGGUUUACUUGGGUUCUCGAUUGCGGACAUCACGUCCGACAACGGCUACAGGCCAUGGAGAUGGCUUUUUAUCAUCGAGGGCUGUAUAACGGCGGGUGUGACAAUUCUUGUCUUCCCUUUCCUACCUAACUGGCCGUCCGCGACAAAAUGGCUCACGCCCCAGGAAAAACAAGCAAUUGCUGAUGAAAUUCGUCACCAGGGUGUUAUUGGGCGAAUGGACAAGCUGGACUGGAAAACGGCGAGACGAGUUCUGUUCGACUGGAAGAUCUGGAUCUGCGGGGCUAUGUAUUGUUGCACAACGGUUACAGUCUACAGCGUCGCCAUCUUCGCGCCCACGAUCAUUAACCAAUUUCAAGAAGACCAAAGCCCUCGAGAAGUGCAAGCCCUGGUGAUCCCCAUCUUUUCAUCGGCCUUGGUAGCAUGCCUAGCGGCAGCCUAUGCCUCAGACAAGCUCAAGCACCGUUCAGGGUUCGCCCUCUUCGGAUACUGCCUCGCCGUUACCGGCUCGGUCAUUCUGAUGGACGAGGCUUGGUACAAUGUACGGGUCAAAUAUGCCGCUCUGUUUUUCAUGGCAACCGGGGUUUACGUUUCACUUCCUAUGGUCUGGACUAUGCUUGUUAAUAAUGUCAGUGGCGCAUACAAGAUCGGGUUCGCGGUUGGGCUCGAGGUUAGCCUUGGGAAUUUCGGCGGGAUUGCAUCGGCACUAGUCUUUCAGGGAUCCCAGGCGCCAGCUUACGCCGACGGAUACAAGACCCUGACCGUGAUGAGCUCUGUCGCAGCCUCCCUGGUUAUCCUCUAUAGUAGUCUUCUGUAUUUGGAGAAUAGGGCGAGAGACGCCGGGAAGAGAGACCACCGGCUUUCAGACCACGACGUGGACAACUUAGGAGAUGAACAUCCUUCGUUUCGUUAUAGCUACUAG